GUUUGGGGCAGCCAGAGCCUCCGGGAGGCGCGUCUCAGGCUGGGGUCGGUGAGGAGUGGCGGAUAUGGCUCGUGGACAGCAGAAGAUUCAGUCUCAGCAGAAAAAUGCCAAAAAGCAAGCUGGACAAAGGAAGAAACAAGGACAUGACCAAAAGGCUGCUGCCAAAGCUGCCUUAAUAUAUACCUGCACUGUUUGUAGGACACAAAUGCCAGACCCUAAGACCUUCAAGCAGCACUUUGAAAGCAAGCAUCCUAAGACUCCACUUCCUCCAGAAUUGGCUGAUGUUCAGGCAUAAAGUUGUUUACAGGUGAAUUCAUGACACCUUUGACUCUUCUACUGUCUCAGACCUUAGGUAACAAACCUGCAGCUGCUUUUCUAACUGUUUAUCAGCAAAAAUAAAGGGACUACAGAAACACUCAUUUUUAUGCUGUUCCCUUUUGGGCUUCAUGCAAAGACAAUUCUGUGUAAAUGUACAGUUGACUCUGAUUUGGAAAUCUGAAAAUCAGUCCAUCCUUGUUAUAAAAAAAUUUUUUACAAUUGUAAUUAUAUUGAUGUUCAUAUUGUGUAAAAUAACUCAUUUAAUAAAGUAGUACUUUGAUUUUAAAAA